GACGGAAAAAAUUGGUACUUUCUUGAAAAAAAAUUACUUUAAAAGUGAGUGUUAGUGAACAAAUGUGACAGUGUUCGAACAGUGGCGUGUGAUCAAAAAUGAUCACUAGAGAAUCACUUUGAAUCACCAAAGCCAGGAGGGCGAGCGACAGCGUCCGCGAUGAACAAUUCGCUACUCAUACAACGACUAAAUGAAUCUAACAAUGACGUCGACACUACGACGGAAUGGUUCCUCGCGAACUGCUCGUGGACGGACGCGGUGGCGUGGGGCUGCAACGGCACCAGCGCCAACGUCACAGACUCCAACGUCACGUCGCUCGUCCUCAUGGCGGUCACCUCCGUGGUGUUGGCGGGGGUCAUCCUCGCCACUAUAGUUGGUAACGUGUUCGUGAUAGCAGCAAUAAUAAUCGAGAGAAACCUCCAGAAUGUGGCCAACUAUCUGGUCGCGUCGCUCGCCGUAGCCGAUUUGAUGGUGGCGUGUCUGGUGAUGCCGCUGGGAGCUGUAUAUGAAGUAAGCCAGGGCUGGAUCCUGGGCCCCGAGCUGUGCGACAUGUGGACCUCCAGCGACGUCCUCUGCAGCUCCGCUUCCAUUCUUCACCUCGUCGCUAUAGCUACUGAUAGGUACUGGGCUGUGACGGAUGUCGACUACAUGCACAACCGCAACGAGCGGCGCAUCUUCACGAUGAUCGUGCUGGUGUGGGGCGCCGCGCUCGUGGUCUCUCUCGCCCCGCAGCUCGGCUGGAAGGACCCCGACUACCUUGCCCGCAUCACCCAGCAGCAGAAGUGCCUCGUCAGCCAAGACCUAGCCUACCAAAUCUUCGCCACAAUGUCCACCUUCUACGUACCGCUUGCCGUCAUCCUUAUCCUUUAUUGGAAGAUCUUCCAAACAGCCCGACGACGAAUCAGAAGGAGGACUGAACCGCCACCCCCUCGUCCGACGUCAGCUGACGGCACUACGACUCCUGGUAGACCAGUACAAUCCGCCAGAGACAGGCGCUUUGUAAAGAAAAGGUUCCUCAACUUAAAAAAGUGCAAUCAACGCACGCGGACUGAAGCGCUAGCCGCUUCGCUUCUCCUCACUGAAGGCCAAAGCACUUCCACUGUAGAUACCUUGGACGAGGAACCUCGCACAACUGCGUUCACGAUCAACGAAAAAGCGCCUUCCGUUUCGCCUGAGAAGUCUUCCUCGACCGCAACGAAUGGGUCGAAAGCGGAGCGCGCUAUCGUUCCCGCUCCCUCGCAUAGAGAAAAGAAGGAGUCACUAGAAGCGAAGAGAGAGAGGAAAGCAGCUAAGACGCUCGCGAUCAUAACAGGGGCAUUCGUGUUUUGCUGGCUACCUUUCUUCAUCAUGGCGUUAGUGAUGCCUAUUUGUUCUUCUUGCGUGAUCAGUGAUUACUUGGCCAGCUUCUUCCUCUGGCUCGGCUACUUCAACUCGACGCUCAACCCGGUUAUCUACACAAUUUUCAGCCCCGAUUUCCGCCAGGCCUUCGCUCGAAUCCUAUUCGGCACCCACCGUCGAGGCCGCAAUAAAAAAUUCUAACGAAAAUGCCCCUACUAUGUAUAUAAUUAAGCCGAAGGGUGCCGGCUGUUAGAAAAUGGACUAUAAUAUUCUCCGUGUACGAUAUUUCAAAUAUAUUAAACGUUGUUAGUUAGUGUAAAUAAGCAUAGAAGUUUGUAAAUAUAUCAGUACAUGCAUACGAUAGAGGAUGUUGAAUAUAUUGUUUUUUUAAACCGUUAUCAUAGUCUAUAACAUUGUAAGCCGCGACGGCGAUGCUCGAGAGUCCAGGGCAUUGCCGCCGCUCGCUCCUGAGUUGUUUCAAGUGACAUUACUGAAUAAAUAUAAUAAAUUAUAUCGCA